CGCCGCCGACUAUAAAAGCUGUGACCGCGCUGUCACGGUACAGUUCAUAGCAGCCGCAACCCAACUCCUGCCAUGAAGGUCCUGCUGGUCUUCCUCGUCGCCGCCGUGGCAGUGGCCGUGGCCAGGCCCGGCUACCUGGGCGCCGCCCACGGCGUGCUCGCCGCCGCCCCAGCUGUGGUGGCCGCGCCCCACGCCGUCGUUGCCGCCCACGCCGUGCACCCGGGCUACGCCGCCUACGGCCCGGCGCACAUCGCCGUCGGACCCGGCGGCUACGUGCUGGACACCCCUGAGGUGGCCGCCACCAGGGCCGCCCACCUGACCGCCGUCGCCCAGACGCAGGCCCGCGACGCCCACAUCAACGGCGCCGCCGCCCACGCCGCCGCCGCCGCCCACGCCGUCGUCGCCGCCCCCGUGCUCGCCGGCGGUCACGGCCUGCUCGCUGGCCACGGACUUGCCUACGGCCACGGAAUCCACGGAAUCCACGGAAUCCACGGCUAGACCACGCAGCUGAUGACAGUCCCCACCUCACUGGACGCCGCAUCACACCUCACGCCCAUACCUGCUCACCUCAUGUACAACCACCUUUAUUUUGUUUGAAAGAACACGAUCUUUAUUUAUAAAUAAACACGUAUUACUGCA